GUAAUUCAGGUCACGCAAUUUGCAUAUCGAUCAACUCACUGCUUCUAACUAUAUUAUAUCAACCUAUCAACAACAAUGGCCACUUCCACAAUUUUCUCCCUGUCAUGCACUCCCAAAAGCACAUUGCUUUCCAAACCAAAGCAACACACACUAUCCCCUUCCAUGUCAUUGCUGUCACCGGAAGUGGUACAAAAAAGCCUCUACCAGCCUCUAAGAAACAAUGUAUCUCCAAUUUCUAUGAAGCCUAAGAGAAAUCAUGUGGGUGGCUUAGUGAAGGCAUCAAUGAAUAACAAGAACGUGGAGGUAUUCUCCAAGGAACAUCUUGCUGUGUCUCUGGCCAAAUAUGUUGCUGAUCUAUCCAAUAAAUUCAUCAAAGAAAGAGGAUACUUCGCUAUCGCUCUUUCCGCUGGGUCUAUCAAGUACCUCAGGAAGCUAGUGGAACCUCACUAUUCUAACACUAUCCAAUGGUCUAAGUGGCAUAUAUUUUGGGUAGAUGAGAAAGUGGUGCCAAAGACUCACGUGGAUAGCAACUACAAGCUUGCUUACGAUGGAUUUAUCUCCAAGGUGCCAAUUCCUCCAUACAAUGUCAACACAAUUGAUGAUGCCUUGCCAGCUGAUGGAGCAGCUGAUGUUUAUGAGACAACUCUCAAACGCUUGGUUGCAAGUAAUGUGGUCGCAAAAUCACUAGCCACAGGAUUUCCAAAAUUUGAUCUUGUGUUGUUAGACAUGGGUCCUGAUGGGCAUGUGGCAUCUCUGUUCCCAGAGCACCCUACACUGAAUGAGACCAAAAAAUGGGUUACCUUUCUCAAGAAUGCACCCACCGCACCACCAGAGAGGAUCACCUUUACCUUGCCAGUGAUCAAUGCUUCUUCAAACAUAGCAAUGGUGGUGACUGGUGCUGGUAAAGCAGAUGCAGUCUACUCUGCACUGGAGGAAGCUCCUAGUGAUUAUAAGCUCCCUGCUCAAUUGGUUUCACCUAGAGAAGGAGAGUUGAAAUGGUUCUUAGACAAGGGAGCUGCAUCAAGGUUAUGGUAGAUCCAAUGCAGUAAUAAUUAAUGGACUUCUAUAUGAUAGUAGUUGCAAAAGAGAAAAUAAGGCAUCAAGAUUUGACUGCUAGCCAUGAUUAGUUCAUACUAAUGCAAAUUUUCCACAUAUAUGCUGUUUGGUUUACA